GGCGAAAACAGCAGUCAUUUAGUAGAAAUUCUCUGAACCUCUCUCUGCAUUCUAUGCUUCAUGGGCUCUGAAGGAUCCAGGGUGGUUGUUCCUAGGAAUUUUAGAUUAUUGGAAGAGCUCGAGAGAGGUGAAAAGGGGAUUGGUGAUGGAACUGUGAGCUAUGGCAUGGAUGAUCCAGAUGACUUAUUAAUGCAGUCUUGGACUGGGACCAUUAUUGGUCCACCUAAUACUGUUCAUGAAGGGAGAAUCUACCAAUUGAAGCUGUUCUGUGGAAAGGAUUAUCCAGAUAAUCCACCGGCUGUUAGAUUCCAAAGUAGGAUAAACAUGUCCUGUGUCAAUCCAGAAACUGGAAUGGUUGAAAGGAACCUUCUCCCCAUGCUUGCUAAAUGGCAAAGGGAAUAUACAAUGGAGGAUAUAUUGACUCAACUGAAGAAAGAAAUGAUGUCAUCUCAUAAUCGGAAGCUUGUUCAGCCUCUUGAAGGGAAUGAAGAGGGAAGGACGGAGCAAAAGGGUCUGGUCCUGAAAUGUUGCAUUCUUUGAUUCAGAUUUUGGGAAAGACUGAGGCGUACAAGGAGCAUCAGAUAGCAGUAUGGCAAAGGCUUGUUGUAGUUUCAGCUACCUCCGUUUAUAGCUGUUAACAUAGCAAUAUGAAUUUGGUAAGCUCUCAAAGAGCGAGCUUGGUUUCUAAAGUAAAUGAUGUGUUAUCUUAUAUAUGAAUCUGGAAGAUUGAUGGAUUUUCUGAUAUGAUCUGGUCUGUGUAAAUGAGUUAGUAUAUCAAAGUUUGAACGCACGGAGUUCCUAACU